AAGACGUUUCACAAAUGAGGGCUAACAUCUAGACCAACUAUCUUUGUCCUGAUGUUCUCAGUGUUUGCUUCUGCGUUGUGAAAACCUUAUCUCACUCUCUUUAUUGUUUCAGUCACGGUUUCUCUGAGAUUUCCUAUAUCAGAUCAAAGACCCCUGGACCAAUGCACAGCUCACGAUUCUGAAGCAGAACUUCUGAAGAACAGAUAAAGGGAAUCUCUAAGAGAGCUGUUGCUGAGCGUCCCUCUUUGACACCCAACGCCUGACUGCGCAUAAGUGGAAGGGAGCAGAGAGAGGGAGGAGAAAAGAGAAAAACAGCAGGAGGAGUGUGAAAUCUAACCAGACUACGUUGAGGAGCCACAGGCUGCGCACAGAACGUCGCUCUGGAGUUCGAAAGGAUGAAAGGGGGAAGACUGAGAUUAUUGCUGCAGAGAUUUCGGAGGUGAGGGCAACUGGAAACUUAUUGACUUCUUUGGCGUCAAUACUGGGGAGGAGAUGAGAAUAAAGUGAUUUUAAUCCACAGGAGGCACAGGACUGUUGCUGUGGAUGAGUGACGUGCUUUUAAUCCUUCAGAAAAGAGGUCAUUUUUUUUUUAUAUAGAUAAACUUACUUUGAAAUACUUUACCUUUCAAAACCCACAUCGAUUUUUAUGGGAGGGAGAGAUCUGAGGAUUGGAUCGGAUUUAAGACUUCGGGGCUUCAAAGACAUCUUUCGCUGCAAUUUUUCGGAGAACAACAUGCGUACGUAAACCACAUGCAGACUUACUAUUCAGUGCAAUCUGGAAUCAUGAACCUCCUAGGAGAAGCAAGUCAGCUGUAGUCUUGUGUGCGGCGGCGCUCUGAGGAAUAGUGCUGGGAACGGAUUCACUUCUGGCAUAAAAUGACAAAUUUAUCACAGCCGAUGUUUCCUGACCCACUCUUUCAGAGAGCAUGUGGCUUAUUUCGCCUUCUCCCCUUGCUUUUGAAGCUGUGAGACUCUUCUUUGGAAAAUAAGAGCCGGUGGUCGUGCCUACAGACCGGGAGAACUGAAAUAUUUAAUAUUUAAUACUCUGGCUGUGAACGAUGCAAUUAACGAUGAGUGAAAACCGAAGCAGCUGUGAUCAGUAUGCAUAGGUUGCCUGUGUUCACUCAGAGAACUGUGGGAGUGAGUUAAGGCUAGAGGACUGAUGACUGAUAGCGGAAAGAGGUUUGCUGUGAGGAACUAAUCUUGUGCGUUAGCUUGUUUGCUUCUGGCUGAAUUUAGAAAUAGAAAGUGUGCUCAUUCUUGAUCUUUUUCUCUUGCUUCCUCAUUAUUUCUUCCUCCCAUCACGCCUCAGUUCGAGGAACAGGUUGCUGUGCUAUAAAGCCGAUUUAGAUUAACUACUGUUUCCAGGACUGCUGUGUCUUUGGGAUGAACAGUUAAGGCAAAUCAUAUGGGGCUACAAAACUCUGUUUGAUUGAGCAUUCAGCCACCCAUCAUUUUUAUCUCGUCUCUCAUAAUCAACAUGGUUCCACCGCCCCCUUCCAACAAGCCACACGUUUGCCUUUCGUGUGUGCUUAUCAUGAGUAGCAUGGCGCUGCUGGACGCCUACCUUGUGGAGCAGAAUCAAGGUCCACGGAAGGUGGGCGUCUGCAUUAUGGUGAUGGUAGGGGACGUGUGUUUCCUCAUCGUGCUGCGGUACAUCGCGGUAUGGGUCGGCGCCGAAGUACGAACUGCUAAACGCGGCUACGCCAUGAUCCUCUGGUUCUUCUACGUCUUUGUGCUGGAGAUCAAGGUAUACUUUGUCUACCAGAACUACAAGGCAGAAGGCGAGAGAGCGGACGCUCUUACCUGCAAGGCUUUGACGGUGCUGCUUUCCAUUUUUCUGCCGGGACUUUACAUCACGUUGGCAGCCAUCGACCACAUGGAAUACGUUCGUCCGCUCAAAAAGAGGGAGGAGUUGAGGAGUCGGCUGUUCUGGGUCGUGGUGGAUCUCCUCGACAUCUUGGACAUUCAGGCCAGCCUAUGGGAGCCUCAGAGAAAAGGGCUCCCUCUAUGGGUGGAGGGCCUUACUUUUUUCUACUGCUACAUACUACUUCUAAUACUGCCGUGUGUGUCGCUAAGUGAAAUUAGCAUGCAAGGUGUGAACAUUGUGCCGCACAAGAUGUUGUUGUAUCCCAUUCUCAGUUUGGUCGCUAUCAAUUUUAUUACGAUCUUUAUCCGGGGAGGGAAUAUGGUGUUUUAUAGGGACAUCCGUGUGUCUGGAAUACUAAUGGGUAAGAACGUCCUCGCCAUUGUCCUGAAAACGUGCAGCUUCGUGCAGUACCGGAGAAACAUGCAGGAGGCGUCAACACCCGCUCUCGCUCCAGAACUACAGAGGGACGCAGUGCCACAAAGUUCUCGAGGGGCAGUGCCAGUCGUAAUGCCCAUGCCCAUCACCAUGCCAACUCCGCAGGUAGUCAUACAAGAUCUCACCACACUUCCAGAAGAGUCCGAACUUGAGGAGACAUGACAAAAGGGGGAAUGAGGAGAGUUUGCACGGAGGAUACAUGGACAAUGCACAACAUGAAUUGCUUUGAGAUUUUUUGUCCUAAUGUAAAUGUGGGUGUACAAUGUAUGAUUUAUUACUUUAAGAAUGUUUUAUAAUCAGAUUGUAUGAUGAGGUUAAUGAUUGGAUACAUACCAGAAUGUUCUGUACAUAGGGCAGACCUUUAGCUGCAUUGACCGGGCAUUUUAAAGCACCACUUAAUCAUUUUCUUCAGUAUUUGUCUUUUAUUGCCCUGUAGAAAUAUCUAAAUAUCCUUAAAACAAAAUACAUUUCGGCUACUUAAAAUUGAUUUAUAUAUUUUGAAUAUUAAUCUUUUCACACUGUUAAACUACUUUAACAGUUUAAUGGCAAAUAAAUGUAAUCAAAGUGGCAAAAUUCACAGAGUGUGCACCUACUUUUAGUAAAAAAAAAAAAAAAGAUUACAAUCGUUGAUGAUUUGUUUGUCAAAUGAAGACACAAGGCAGCUGUGGAUCUGGGGUCCAUUCAUUUCCAGAAAAAAGUAUUUAAUCCUGAAAUGUAGUAGUUUAUGAAGUUUAUUAAUUAACAAGUGGAAUGCCAAGCAAAUCGCACUUGAACGAACUCUCAGUGACCCGAUGAUUGUACAAUCACAGACAGCUGCGAAUAUAUCAUCUAUUUUCGUUUUUCCUGGUGGGUGUUAAAACUGUGGUACAUAAUGUUUUUUUGCAGUAAAAUCAUCAUAUUUUUACAGUCAUUUAAUAACUACGUAUGGUGAAAAGUUGCGUUUUGAAACAACUCGUACUAUAAUUCAUUUCUGUUAUCUUAUUACAAUGUGAAUGAUUUAUAUUUGAUGGGUUUAUGCUUCAUAUAUUCUUUGUUUUGAUGUUUUAUGAAAACCAAAUGAAUGAUAUUUUGCUAUUAAAACAAUGUUUUUGUUGAUAUCUAA